CAUUUCACCACACGGUUUCGCUGGGCACCGCCUUUUCGCAUCUCAUCGCAUAGCUCGCAUGCGCGCAUUCAGAGAGCUUUCGUUCGCUCCUUAUCCGCCUCAAAAAUGCCUCAGCCAUUGAAUAGCAAGGAUGGCGCAUCCUUCCGGCAGCUCGUCAAGCUCUACGAGGCCAAACAGCACAAGAAGGCCAUCAAGACAGCCGAUGGCAUUUUGAAGAAAAAUCCCAACCAUGGAGACACCAUGGCUAUGAAAGCUCUGACUCUGAAUGCAAUGGGUCAAACGGACGAAGCCUUUGCGUUAGCCAAGCAGGCUCUGCAGGCAGACAUGAAGUCGCACAUUUGCUGGCACGUGUAUGGUUUGCUGUACCGUUCGACCAAGCAGCUCGACGAGGCGAUCAAGGCGUAUAAAUUUGCACUCAAGCUAGAGCCGGAGUCGCAGCAGAUCCAGCGAGAUCUCGCCUUCCUGCAAAUUCAAAUGCGUGACUACGCUGGCUAUAUCGAGAGUCGAAAGGCGAUCUUGCAGCAACGGUCUGGUCUACGGCAGAACUGGACGGCGCUGGCGGUCGCGCAUCAUCUGGCCGGUAAUCUGGCAACGGCUGAGAAGCUUCUGAAAACGUAUGAAGAUACACUUAAACAACCUCCUCCUAGGACGGACUAUGAGCAUUCUGAGGCGGCGCUGUACCGAAAUACCAUCAUCGCUGAGAUGGGUGAGACACAGCGGGCGCUGGAGCACCUUGAAUCGAUAGCGAAAAACAAUUUGGAUCGCACAGCGGUCAUGGAGAUGAGGGCGCAAUAUCAGCUGCAGCUAGGAAUGAAAAAGGAGGCGGAGGCAUCUUAUAGGGCUUUGCUGUGCAGAAAUAACGAGUACAGGACGUAUUAUGAGAAGUUGGAAGAAGCUAUGGGAUUGGAUCGCAAGACGGAUUCAAAGAAGGUGGCUGAACUGUACGAGAAAUUUGCAGAGCAGAACGAGAGGGUGGAUGCGCCUCUAAGGAUACCGCUUGACUUUUUGGAAGGGGAGGAAUUCAAAGUUGCCGCAGAUAGGUAUCUGAAGCGGAUGCUUGCGAAGGGCGUUCCAUCGACAUUCGCCAACAUCAAGGCCCUCUACACGUCAGCAGACAAACUUGCAACCAUACAGGACCUUGUCGAGGGAUAUACCGCAAAUCUAACGCUUGCAAAUGGGGAUGCAACUCUAGCAAACGGUGACAAAUCAACGCGCUUCGAGCAAGCUUGCUACUACUUCCUUGCUCAUCACUACGACUACUUCCGCUCUCGAGAUUUGAAAAAGGCGAUGGACUACGUCGAGAAGGCGAUUUCAUUGGACCCGAAGUCUGUCUUUUAUACCAUGACCAAAGCAAGGAUCAUCAAGCAUACCGGGGAUCUAGUGAAAGCUGCUGAGGUCAUGAAUCAAGCACGAGAGCUUGAUGAAAAGGAUCGAUAUAUCAACACGAAGUGUGCCAAGUACCAAUUACGAAGGGAUGACAAUGAGGCUGCUAUUGCGACCAUGAGCAAGUUCACACGCAAUGAAACAGUAGGGGGUGCACUUGGCGACCUACUUGAUAUGCAGUGUAUGUGGUAUAUUACCGAAGAUGGCGAGUCAUACUUGCGACAAGGCAAGCUGAGUCUGGCAUUGAAACGCUUCAAAGCCAUCUAUGAUAUCUUCGACGUCUGGCAGGAAGAUCAGUUUGAUUUCCACCAAUUCUCAAUACGGAAGGGUCAAAUACGUGCCUACGUAGAGAUGAUGCGUUGGGAAGACAAGUUGAGAGAACACCCUUUCUAUACAAGGGCUGCUCUACAGGCGAUCAAAAUCUACGUUAUGCUACAUGACAAUCCGGAUCUGGCGAAUACAGGUCUGGCAAAUGGCGUGAAUCUAGAAGGCCUUGACCCCAAAGAAAAGCAGAAGGCGCUCAAGAAGGCGAAAAAGGAGGCAGAGAAGAAAGCCCAAGAGGAGGCGGAGAAGCGCGAAGCAGCCAACAAGGGCAAGAAACCAGGCACGGGCGCUGACGGAGAGCCCAAGAAGGAGGAUCCUGACCCACAAGGUCUGAAACUUUUAGAGACGAAGGCACCUCUGGACGAGGCGGUCAAGUAUUUACAGCCGUUACUAGAACUGAGCCCGAAAAAUAUUGACGGGCAAAAUGCUGGAUUUGAAGUGUAUCUGCGCCGGAAAAGGUAUCUGCUCGCGCUGCGGUGCCUGAUUGCGGCGCACGCAUUGGAUGCGGAGCAGGCUACCCUACAUGAGCAGUUGGUGCGCUUCAGACAAGCUCUCGACGCAGACUCCGAGUCGAAGAGUGCAAAGGCUGAUCAGGUGCUCAAGGCUAACCUAAGUAUUGUGCCCGAAACGAAAGACUUGAAGUCGUUCAACAACGCGUACAUGGCGAAACACAAGGACUGCGCGCGGAAAACGCGAGCCGGGCUCAGAGUGCGACAAUUGCUCGACCCUUCCUCCAAAGCGCAGAAUGAAAAGGAUCUUAUCGCCCUGGUGGAGAAAGCGGACAUGAAGGAGGCAAUUGAAGGGUUGGAGACGCUGAAGCAGUGGAACAGCGAUGCGAAGGUCAAGGAGGACUACAUCAGCAAGGCGAAGGCGAAGUGGCCACAAGCCAGCACCUUCAAAUGAGGUGAAGCCCUGUAAACUAUCGGCAUUACACGUCCACCUUGACGGGGGACGUGUUUGUUAUGUAUAUGGGGGAGACACAAGAACCACCAAAAAAAAAGGGGAGACGCUUUUUGCGUGAUGUAGAUUUCCAAAAAGAAAAUGCAUAGCGAGAUCUAGAUGAAGUCAAUCCAGCAUAUCGUAUUGGAAAAGCGUGGAUUUUUGGGACUUGGAGCUUUGAACUGUGCGCUCACUAUCCU